CCCGGCCUCCGCGGGGGCAUCUCCCUCUCUUCCUCCUCUUCCUCCUCCUCCUCCUCCGGCCGGCCCUUCCCCCGCUCGCGGCACCAGCCCCCGCCGGAGAUGGGGCACCUGCACGGCCACGGCGGGUAUCGGCCCAAGGACUCGUUCCGCUCCCACCCGCCGCCCAUGCCGGCGCCGCGGAUGCCGUCGGGUUCGCAUUCCGAGACGGGCCCCCGGCUCUCAUUUUGGGAACGCAGUCACAGUGCCUUGGAUCGAUUCCGCUUCCGAGGCCGGCCCUACAGGGGAGGAGGGCGCUGGGGUAGGAGCCGAGGCAGCGGCGAUCGGGGAGGCAACCCUCCGGGGAGGCCGCCCGGAGGGGGAGGCGGUGCCGGAUUCGGUGGCAGCCAGGGCUGGAGGGAGCCCUCGCCUCGAAAAUCCAAAACUUUUGGAAGGUCUCCAUCUAGAAAGCAGAACUACUCUUCUAAAAAUGAAAACUCUGUAGAAGAAAGUUUUGAGGAUCUGCUCUUGAAGUAUAAGCAGAUACAAUUAGAGCUUGAAUACAUUAAUAAAGAUGAACGACUGGCUUUGAGCAACAGGGAAGAAAAUGAACAACAAGAUGAUGAUAAAACAGCAGACACUGAGGACCAAAUAACUGUAGAAAAUGACAGUAUUACAACGGAUGCUAUAAAAGAAAUAUCUCCUGAGGAGAAAAAUCCGGUUAUAGCCUUUCAGGCAUUUGAACUGAAACCUCUCAGACAAAAACUGCCUACUCCAGCUGAGAGGAGCAGGUUAAAAAAAGGCAAAGAAGGAACGAAACAGUCAUCGCAAAAAUCUGAAGUCACAGAAUCUGGCCAAGGUACAGAAGACAAAGAACAAACAUCAGUGCGAAAGCUUAGCAGUUCAGAUGUUACAUCUGAAAAGAAGCUGCUUGAUGAUGAGGAGGAGAUGUCUGAAUUGCAACUUAGGCUUCUUGCACUUCAGUCUGCUAGUAAAAAAUGGCAGCAAAAAGAGCAACAGGUGAUGAAGGAAAGCAAGGAAAAAUUAACAAAAACGAAAAGUGUAACACAGAAAGUCAAAGCCAGUACAAAAGCACAUUCAACAAAAAAACCUAGUGCUACAGCCAAGCAGGCUUUGAGGAAACAACAGACGAAGACGUCAAAAAAGAUGCAGCAGCAAAAGGAACAAGACAGGCGUCAGAAAGAGGAGGACCAGAGGAAACAAGAAGAGGAAGAGGAGAGAAGAAAGAGAGAAGAAGAAAUCAGAAAAAUUAGGGACCUCUCAAAUCAAGAAGAGCAGUACAAUCGAUUUAUGAAGCUAGUUGGAGGAAAGAGGAGAUCAAGAAGCAGGUCUUCAGAUACGGACUUGAGAUGGUCUUUGGAUAAGCAGUCUACAGAUAGUGCAGGAGGCAUAUAUCAGUAUGAUAAUUAUGAUGAAGUUGCUAUGGAUACAGAUAGUGAAACUAACUCUCCAGCUGCUUCUCCAGUGCAGCCUCCUUUCUUUGAGUGUCCGAUAGGAUAUUUCCCACCUCCAGUACCACCAAUUUCCUUGCCACUGCCACCUCCAAUUCCACCUGUACCGUCUUUGAGCCAACUUUAUGUAGAGGGUAUUUCUUGUGUUUCGCUUGAGCCGCCUCCACCUCUUCCACCUCUUCCCCCUGAAGAGCCUGAACAGCCACCAAAACCUCCAUUUGCCGAUGAGGAAGAGGAAGAGGAGAUGCUGUUAAGAGAAGAAUUACUCAAAUCUCUAGCCAACAAACGAGCUUUCAGAUCUGAGGAAACUUCAAGUAACAGUGGUCCACCUUCCCCUCCUGUUCCAGAUAAUUUGCACUCUGUGCCAAGAAGCAAUCUGUCCGCUGUCAGUAUUAAUACUGUGUCUCAGCCACGGGUACAAAAUACAAAGUUUGUCAGAGUACCAAGGCCUCCACGAGCAGUGAUCACACUUCCAAAACACAAGUCUGUUGUGGUUACGUUAAAUGACUCGGAUGAUAGUGAGUCUGAUGGAGAGCCAUCUAACUCAACUAGCAGUGUAUUUGGAGGACUAGAAUCUAUGAUAAAAGAAGCAAGGAGAAAUGUUGAGGCCUCAAAAAUCAAAGCCCCUCCAAAAUCAGAAAAAGAAAAUGAUCCAAUGAGAACUCCAGAGGCUCUACCAGAAGAUAAGAAGAUAGAAUACAGGCUCUUAAAAGAAGAGAUUGCCAGUCGUGAGAAGCAACGCUUAAUUAGGUCUGAUCCACUGAGGAACAAUUCAUCGCCUGCAAAUUCUGAUGGUGAAGUUGAUGGAAUUGGUAGAAUAGCAGUAGUGACAAAACAAGUCACAGAAGCAGAAGCAAAGCUUAAGAAAAACAGACUUCUAUUGAUGAAGGAUGAAUCUGUCUUGAAACAUUUGUUGCAACAAGAGGCCAAGAAGAGAGAGAAUGUUCGAAUUGCUGAAAAUAAAAUUAACAAACUGGCUGAACAGCUACAAGCAACAGAGAAGAUCUUGAAUGCUAAUAAGAUGUUUCUCAAGAAGCUUCAGGAACAAAUUCAUAAAGUUCAACAACGAGUUACAGUAAAAAAAGCUCUGGCAUUAAAAUAUGGGGAAGAACUUGCUCGAGCAAAAGCAGUAGCAAGUAAGGAAAUUGGGAAACGAAAACUGGAGCAAGAUCAUCUUCCAAGCAAAAUGUUGAAAUUGGAGAACUCCCCUGCAUCAAGUCCAAAAAAGCAUUCAGCAGAAUUGAUUGCACUAGAGAAAAAACGACUACAGCAACUAGAAUAUGAAUAUGCUCUAAAGAUUCAGAAAUUGAAAGAGGCCCGCGCGCUUCAAACCAAGGAACAAUCAAAUAUUGCACCUCAUGCAGAAGAGGAAUCUGAAUUUGCAUUACCCCAGCCAUCACUUCAUGAUCUUACACAGGAUAAAUUGUCUUUGGACAGUGAAGAAAACUACUUCGAUGAUGAAGUUCUGUCUAAUUCAAACCGAGAACGAAGGAGAUCUUUCAGAGAAUCUAAUUCUUUCACUAAACCAAAUCUUAAGCACAUGGACACUCCAAAACAAGAAACUGUAAACAAACUUUCUAAAAAGGCAUCAGAGGAGCCUGAGCUGUUCCUUGGGUUGAAUAUUGAUGAACUGAAAAAACUUUAUGCUAAAGCUGACAGCUUGAAAGAGCUGCUAGUGAAAAGUACUGCCUUUAUAGUACCGAAGGAAGAUCUGUUGUGUGGUCAGGAAAUUUCAGUUGAUGUGGAUUUUGUUACAUCGCAAAAUAAACAAACUGACGUGAAACCGUUUCCAUUUGGACCGUAUCAUAGUCCUCUUCUAGUAUUUAAAUCCUACAGGUUCAGUCCGUAUUUUCGAACCAAGGAAAAACUGUACCUCAGUUCAGUAACAUAUAGCAAUAUGAUUGAGCCAAAACAGUGUUUUUGCCGUUUUGAUUUAACAGGCACAUGCAAUGAUGAUGACUGUCAGUGGCAGCACAUGAAGGAUUGCACUCUUAGCCGUAAGCAGCUGUUUCAGGAUAUUCUGUCUUACAAUUUAGAACUGAUUGGCUGUUCAGAAAAAAGCACUGAUGAGGAAAUCAGCACUGCCACAGAAAAAUAUGUUGAAAAGCUUUUUGGUAUAAACAGAGACCGUAUGUCAGUGGAUCAGAUGGCUGUUCUUCUGGCCAGCAAUGUCAAUGAGAGUAAAAGUCACACACCUCCAUUUACAACAUGGAAAGAUAAAAGGAAAUGGAGACCAAAGUACUGGAGGAAACCUCUGUUAGAUAGUAGCAGCAGUGAAGAGGAACAGUUUGUUGGACCUAUUAAAUAUGCCCAUCCCACAGAACAUAAAAAAAGAGUUCCAGCUCUUGAUGCUGUGGUGACUCCAGAUGAUGUCCGGUAUUUUACAAGUGAGACUGAUGACAUUUCCAACUUGGAGGCAAGUGUCCAAGAAAACCCCUGUGAUGUACAGCUUUGGAUUAAACUUGCAUACAAAUACUUGAAUCAAAAUGAAGGCUCAUCAUCUGAGUGUUUAGAUUCUACUUUAAAUGUUUUGGCUCGAGCUCUUGAGAACAACAAAGAAAAUCCUGAAAUUUGGUGUCAUUACCUCAGACUCUUCUCAAAAAGAGGAACCAAGGAGGAGAUACAGGAAAUGUGUGAAACGGCAGUGGAAUAUGCUCCCUCUUAUCAAAUCUGGUGGACAUUUCUGAAUUUGGAGAAUUCCUUUGAUGGAAAAGACUAUGUUUGUGGGAGGAUGCUACAGUUCCUAAUGGAAGUGACAGGGGGAGAAGAAAAUCCAAAUCUCUUGUCCUUUCAGCUGCUGGAGACUCUCCUGUAUAGGGUUCAAUUAAACCUGUUUACAGGAAGACAUCAGAAUGCUCUUGUUCUGCUGCAGAAUGCUUUAAAAUCAGCAAAUGAAAAGAUAAUAUCAGAACGCCUUACUGUAAGUGACCGUUGCUUGGCUUGGCUGGCUUACAUACAUCUAACUGAAUUUGGCAUUCUCCCAGUCAAGUUCUAUGAUCCAGCUAAUGUCAGUCCUUCAAGGGUUGUGAACAAAGAGCCAUUUUUAAUACCAUGGCAAACAGUUCAAGAUGUGAAGACUGAUCCUGAUACGCUGUUAGCUAUGUUUGAAGAUGCGGUCAAAACAUGUACUGAUGAAAGCCUUGAGGCUGACAAAAGAAUAGCUAUCUGCUUUCCUCUCUACAGAAACAUGAUAGCUUUGCUGAAACUUCUUGAAAGGUGGGAGUCUGCUGCAGAACUUUGUAGAUCUUUAUUGGAGCUCUGCCCUAACAACUGUCAGCUCUUGGAGAGUUUGGCCACCUUGUAUUUGCAGAUGGAGCAGAGUGACAACGCCUACAAAGUGUGGACUGGAGCUUUUGAGAAGUAUCCUCAGAAUGCAGAAAUUUUUUAUCAGUUGUGUAAAUUCCUUGUUUCACAGGAAAAGUCAAGCAGUAUUCUUCCGCUAUUGCAAGAUUUUGUGGCAGCUUUCUUUGAGGAUACAUGCCAACAGCAUGGUCCCAUGGAUCUCCUAAGAUACCUCUUGAAUUUUCCAAUGCCAAUUGAAUUUACAUCACCUCUCUAUAAAGAGCAUCUUACAGAUGAUGUUGUAAACCAGCAAAUCCCGUAUCUGUGGCAGAUCUACUGUUUGUGCCAGUCUCUUCACGUGAGUGUUGGUGAAGCACUGGAUGCUUAUGAAGCAGCUCUGGGGGCAGUGAUGCAGCAGGAAACUGUUCAGAACAUCUGGCUGGAUUACCUUGUUUUUAUCAAUAGCAAAGUUGUUGGAUCCAACAACAAAGUUCAAGAAUUCAAGCUUUUUACUGACCUAGUGAACAGAUGUCUGGUUACAGUCCCCACACGAUACCCAAUUCCUUUUAGUACUGCUGAUUAUUGGACCAAUUAUGAGUUUCAUAAUAAGGUAAUUCUUUUUUAUUUGAGCUGCAUUCCAAAAUCUCAACAUUCCAAAGCCUUGGAACGGUUUUGUUCUACCAUGCCUGCUAAUCCUGGACUUGCACUGAGGCUGCUUCUGCGAUACUGGGAGGAGAGCAAUGUUCAAAUUCUGAAACUGCAAGCCAAGAUGUUUACAUAUAAUAUCCCAACAUGCCUGGCCAUCUGGAAAAUAGCCAUUGCUGCCGAAUGCUUUCUAAUGGGACAAAGAGAAGUCCAUCAUUUAUAUCAGAGAGCCCUUCAGAAGUUACCUCUAUGUGCAACACUGUGGAAAGAUCAACUCUUGUUUGAAGCAUCAGGAGGAGGUAAAACUGAUAACCUGAGAAAACUAGUUUCCAAGUGCCAAGAGGUUGGAGUCAGCCUAGAUGAGCUUUUAAAUUUAAACACUUACAGAACAGAAAGCAAGAAUCACUGAACGCUGGGUACGGUCAGCCAUAAGUCCUAUUAAAUGCCAAAAUCAGUUGAAUGAUUCUUCAGGCUGAUCCAUGCCUAAGAUCUGUGUAAGGCAGAUGAGUAUUGCUGAGCAUAUCAAGUCUCCAAUCUGCUUUCCUUGAACCUGGAAACAAUUAACAUGACCCUCCUCUGGAAAAAUGAACUCCCUGUCUGGCCUUGCUUCUGGGCCCUGCCAGAUUCUCAUAACGUCAUCUACUUAAAAGUGUUUUGCUGUGACUGGCAACCAUCUUGCUGAUCAAGGAUGCUGUGUUUCGGAUGGAAAACCACUGAAGCCUGAGGGCUCCCAUUGCCAGCCUUGUGCCUGUCUCCACCACCACCACCGUGAGAGAGCCUGGGAGCAUCCCUUCUGCCAGAAUUCCCCAAAUAUGCACAGGGAUUUUCCUCAAAUUGUCUUUCUGAGCCUUCUGGAAGAGGGAUGGCUCACGGAACCAGAAACUGAGAAGGGAAUUAAGUGUUUCACAACGGCCGUGAGGCACACGGUGGCACUAGGUGCCUGGCGAAACAAGAUCGACUUUCUCCAGCUGACCCUAACUGCCUGCGACCUCAGAUCUACAUCUCUGAUGGAAGAGGCGAAAGCCUGAGUAUCGCACAGCAAGACACAGUAAGAAAUCUAGGUUUGCAGUAGAAUGUCUGGGAAUACUCUCUUAGCAAGUGUCUUCCUCCGUCUGUCAUCUUGUCGUAUGAAUUCUGCU